GCAGAGCCUGAAAAUACUUUUUUUCCACUCCAUGGAAAAUGAUAGGUCCACCUACUUGCAGGACUCCUUCAUCAUCUCAGAACCCCGCACCCCUCUCUCUCUAAAUGAGAUUAUAAUAUAAUCUCUCUCUAGACGAGAUUAAAUCAUUAGAGAUUAUACAUCGAAUGUUUGUAUUAUGCUUUGAUAAUAAGGUAGAAUAAAUAACUUAGAAUGUCCAAAGCCAUAUAAAACCCACUCCACUUUUCAAAUUCACAAUACAAGCAGCCAGAGAGAGAGAGAGAGAGAGACAUAGAGAUAGAGCUAGAUAUAGAUAUAGAUAUAGAGAGAGAUGGAAAGUCGUCUGAAGCAGAGAAUCUCUCGCAUGUUGCAGGCGCCAUUUCAGUCAUGCAGGUCUUCUUCGUCAUCUUCAUCAUCAAGCAAGAGCAAGAAAGACCCUUUGGACAUGGUUCAGAGCCCGGUCUUUUACCCUUCUCGUCUCUUUUUCAAAAACAAGAACAAUCUUAUUAACACGAGGCCCAGAACCAGAACCAGAACCACCAUGGCUUCGAACCCAGUGUUCUUUAGACCUUCUCCUUCUUCUGAAAGAGAAGGAAGAGAAUGCCCCCCUGUAACCCCCAUCUCUCCUCGAACCUCUUAUUACGAAACCAAAACCCAGUAUCAUAGAAACAAGGAGUUGCAGAGAUAUGAUCACUUUUGUAGCAACAAUUAUAGGAGGAGCACUUCCUCUUCAGCUACAGGGUGGUUCAGCAGCGAAGAGGAGGUAGAGAGAGAAAGAAGAGAGAGAGAGGAGGAAGUGGAGAGGUUGUUUUGGUCCAAGAGUUAUUCGUCUCAUUCCUCUGAAUUAGAGUUGAUGAGUGGGAAGCAAAGGAGGAGGAGAGGAGAGAGAAAGCAAAGGAAGAAGAGAGAGAAGGCGUCAAAGAGUAUGGUGGUUGAGGAGGUGAGAGUUGAGAAGAAGGUGAGAGAGAGUGUAGCAGUGGUGAAGAGGUCGAAGGAUCCUUACAGUGAUUUUAGGGCGUCGAUGCUAGAGAUGAUAUUGCACAAACAGAUAUUUGGAGCUGAAGAUUUAAAGCACCUAUUGCAUUGCUUUCUCUCUCUAAACUCCUCUCACCACCAUCAUGUCAUUAUCCAGGUUUUCACAGAGAUUUGUCAGGCUCUAUUCUGUGACACUUCUUUUUGCACCCCAUGAUUCCUUUCUUCUCUCUUUCUCUCUCUCUCUCUCAAGGUUUAUAUCAAAGUGCUUUUCUUUCAAUUAAAGUUUGGGUUCUUAUUGUAUCAGAUCAGAUAUGAGUUCUCUGUAUACUUAGUUUUCCUCACAAGUUAUUAUUUUGAGUUCAUGUUUGUAAGACUAAGAAGAAAUGGUGGGAUUAUCCUGC